AUGCUAGCGACAGGAUUCGCAAGCGUUACUGAAGCAAAGCAAAGCCAAAAAAAAACAGAGAAGAGAGAGGAGAAGGAGAUGAGCACACCCACGUGUGCAAUGAAAAUUAACCAUAUACCCCAGGGCGAAAGCAACCAAUGCGCACCGAUCCGGCGUUUGUCUCAAUUAUUAUUAUUAUUAUUAUUAUUUCCUUUGUUAGUAGUACGUACUGGGCGUUCUUUCUCCCUCAUCUUAUUCACUUUGUGGACGUGUUUUUCUGUGCCUUUUAUUUCCCCUUUUUUUGGUUUAAACGUAUGUACUAUGGCCAACUUGUUGCGUUGUGUUCCUUUACAAUUGGCUGGUUUUGGGUUGGACACAGGUUUUAGAUUGAAAAAAACACAUACGCACACAAGCGAGAUAUGGCGCGAGACACGGUACUACGUAGCCGUUGUGUCAAGCUGGGAUUUGUGA